AAUUUUAUUCAAAUUGAAUCUACACCAGACGAGUAAAUUAUACCUCGAGGGAGGUUGUUUUCAGAAACUUGGGAUUUUGGGAUUAUGGAUUUGCAUUUCAAAGGAAUUAAUGUGUGGAGAAAUAUAAAGUUCAUCGCCAAGUUUACCUCCACCUGAGUUUUUCAAAGUAAAUUCUCAUUUGUAAUGAAGUUAUUGUGACGUUUUUACAUCCACAAUUAGUUCAAAAACAUUGAUAGCAUAAUUUAGCGGCAAUGAAAGUCAUUGCGAGCCAGCAGGGUAAAAGAAAAAAUACAAAUGAUGAAAUCAGGUCGCAGGCUAUCGAAGUUUUUAUAUCUGAAAUAGAACCCGCGGAUAUAGCGAGUUUGGAAGAAGUUAAUAUAAUAUGUGAAGAUGAUGUCAUAAUUCGGCAGAACCGCGAAAAACUUUCCGGUCUCAGCGAUUACUUUCGAGCUCUUUUACUGGGAAACUUCCGAGAGACGACGCAAAAAAAUAUUUGCUUGAACUAUGUGGAUGCAGAACUCCUAAGACACCUGCUGGAAUUUUAUGAAAAGUAUCAAAGCAGAAAACAAAGGGAAUACGAUGACAACUUCUCUCGAGUUUUUAUAAAGGAUUUCCGAACAGCAUGGUUACUUAUAGAAAUAGCAGAUAUGCUCGGGUUGGAAGAAGCAGCGAUCGAAUGUGAUAAAUACGUUAUCCAAACAUUGGAAACGAAUACUUGCAUCGAAGUCUGCAGUUUAGCGGAACAAUUUUCAAGAUUUAGCAUUGAACUGGAGGCCGUUAGAAAAUGGAUAGUGGAUGAGAGAAUUACAAACAAUCCAUUCACCAAUGGAACGCAUUGUAAUGAAAUGUGCUCCAAUAAAUCUUGUAUGUGCCAGUAUGUUGAAAAAUAUCACCAAGUGCACACGUUUUACGUUUUGGGUGGGUAUUUUUACGAACACUUCCGAGAAUGUGAUUCUAUAGAAGCAAACGCACUUAUAUCAGAAGGUGAUACUCCGUAUCAUGGAGCACACCAUUCGACUGAACUGAAAAGUGGAUUCAGUGCGGGACAGUGCUUUCCAGGCCCUCACAAUGAGGAAUGCAGAGUUGCAGCUUUAGAUACUGAUAUCUACGUAACAGGAGGAUUUGACGAGAAAGCAAAAGCGCUAGCGCAAGUAUGGAAAUACAACACAAGACUGGAUGAGUGGAAAAGAGUAUCAGACUUGAGACAUGCUAGAUUUUACCACUGUAUUGCUUCUGUUGGAGAAUAUUUAUAUGUGUGUGGGGGAUACGACGAUAAUUUUGUUUUGAGCAGUUUGGAAAGGUAUCAUCCACAUUACAAUGAAUGGGUUGAUAUGUCUGAUAUGUUGACAGGUGUUGGAAAUGCAGCUUUUUCGAACGACGAGUACGGCAUAUAUGUACUCUGUGGGCAAUAUGGAUACAAGGAAGUUCAAACCACUAAUGUUGUCCAAUAUUAUUCGAUAUCGGCGGAUCAGUGGACGCUGUUGACGCGUUAUGACUCUCCAGUUUUCUACCCGCAUUCUGAAUAUGGACUCUCAAGUCUGAUGUUGGAUGGUAAGAUUCAUGUUCUUGGAGGUCAAACCGAAAGAUGCGAUGUUUACGAUGUGGAUAAAGAUGAAUGGAAAAGGAUUUCAGACAUGAUUUGUCGGCGAAUGGAAGCUGCAGUUAUCUCGUACAACGGAAGAAUUUACGCAGCUGGCGGAUACGAUUACAAAACCGGACAAUAUCAUGAUACCAUAGAAGAAUACGACCCAGAGAAAAACAAAUGGCGAACUCUUCAGCAAAGAAUGCCAAGACCCGCACGUUCUAUUGGAUUCUGUCAUGUAUUUGACGUCAAAAAAUAGCAUAAAAACUUCACACAUUUUUUUUAUUGAUCAAUUUUAUGCAAUCCCCCUUAAAUGCCUACACAUACAUAUUAUACUUUGUUGAAACAUAAGAUUUUUUGCACAUUUGAAA